GAAGUUGCUGUUGUUUGGACACUGUGUUGCUCUUAUCUGCGCCUGACAUUGAAGACAAAUUAGACCCGAGCAAAGGACACGGUGGGCAUUUACCGGUGGACUAGUUUACGAGUUAUGAGGAAAGCGUCUCACAGCGGGGAAUUUGAUCACGAGCGACAGCAGAGCUAGCUCCAAAGCGUGAACCUUGGUUGAAAGGAGGAAAGAAAGACAGCAGAGACAGCCGACGGCUCGGCGUGCUUUCUUUGUUCAUGUCGUGCCUGUCUGAACCGCAAUAUUCAUUUUCUUUGUUAUGAAUUCAGAAUUAUUUUCUGCACAUGCGUUAUUUAUAUUUAUACUAUAUAACCAUUAGGCGCCGGGCAGCUAGCUCGUCAGCUAACGUUAGCCGGAGCGCCAACACACAGUGUUGUUGUCGAUCUUUGGUGCUUUCGUAACCGCCCGGCAGUGACAGAUAACGGGGCCGACAGUGAGGAUAGUCGGGGGUGCAUACGUUAUUUUCCGUGCCUCAUUGUUUUAGGUGUUUAUCACUGGAUCUGUUGGUCUGUUUGAAAACCUAGGACAGCACAGUAACCGGACAGGUUGAUGUAACAUUGAAGCCUGCUGGAGACGUCUGACUAAGCUGUUUGUUUAUUCCUGACGUCGAAUCGAGCGAAUUCAUUUUUUUUUAUCCGUAUCGAUUUAAAACCACACAAACGGGUAAUAGGGUAACUGACAGCUGUCCUUGUAAGUUUAGGUUGCCUGGCAGGUUGCAUCAUUUGUUUGUGUGCAAGCUGUCAGAUUUCCCAGGGUAACUUGUUAAACUGUUGAUACAAAACGUAUGUAAGUCUGAGGUGUUCAGUCUUAAGUGAAUGUCAGUUUGAAUAUUUAAUUAAAAAAAAAAAAUCCCAUAUGACAUGUGAGAAACUGGCCACCUUUCACUGUAACCCAUAGUUGUAGGAGCUGCUUGAUGCUCUCAUGCGGGACAAUAAGUAGAUAGAGUUAUGAAUUAAAUAGCCAUCUGAAACUAUUGAGACUGUGCUGUGAUCAGGGACAGACAGGCGAAGUGAAAGGGUCCCUCAGAGGGUCCCAUUGUGUCUUGAGGUGAGCUGCCCCCCACUACUUGCCAAUGCUGGACCUGGAAGUGGUGCCUGAGAGAUCACUAGGAAAUGAGCAAUGGGAAUUUGCCUUAGGGAUGCCAUUGGCCCAGGCCAUCUCUAUUCUGCAGAAACACUGCCGCAUCAUCAAAAAUGUCCAGGUGCUAUACAGUGAACAGACACCACUCAGCCAUGACCUCAUACUGAACUUGACUCAGGAUGGGAUUAAACUGCUGUUUGAUGCCACAAAUCAGAGACUGAAGGUGAUUGAAGUGUAUGACCUGAGCAAAGUCAAGUUGAAAUACUGUGGAGUCCAUUUCAACUCUCAGGCCAUUGCCCCCACAAUAGAGCAAAUAGACCAGUCAUUUGGAGCUACGCACCCUGGAGUUUACAAUGCUGCAGAGCAGUUGUUCCAUCUCAACUUUCGAGGCCUGUCCUUCUCCUUCCAACUGGACUCAUGGAAUGAAGCUCCAAAAUACGAGAUUCCACAUGGGGCCAUGGUCAAGAGGAUGCACAUCUACACUGGCAACAACCUGCAAGAAACAAGGGCUCCCGUGAUGCCGUUGGCGUGUUUCCUUGGUAACAUCUUUGCAGAGAGUGUUGAUGUCCUGAGAGAUGGUGCAGGGCCUCUGGGGCUCAAACUCCACCUUCUCACUGCAGGCUGUGGUCCAGGUGUGAUGGCUGAUUCUAAAGUGAGGUCCCUAGAAAGGAGCAUCUACUUUGGAGAUUCCUGUCAGGAUGUACUGGGUGCUCUGGGCUCGCCACAUAAAGUCUUCUACAAGUCUGAGGACAAGAUGAAGAUCCACUCUCCGUCACCUCACAAGCAGGUUCCUUCUAAAUGUAACGACUACUUCUUCAACUACUUCACCCUCGGAGUGGAUAUCCUGUUUGACUCUGCAACUCACCUGGUUAAGAAGUUUGUCCUCCAUACCAACUACCCCGGCCAUUACAACUUCAAUAUAUAUCAUCGAUGUGACUUUAAGAUUCCACUCGUCAUCAAGAAAGAAGGAACCGAUUCUCAGACGGAGGACUGCAUGUUAACGACCUACAACAAGUGGGAUCAGAUUCAGGAACUGCUCGGUCACCCAAUGGAAAAACCUGUCGUGCUCCACAGGUCCUCAUCAGCCAAUAACACCAACCCCUUCGGCUCUACCUUCUGCUUUGGACUGCAGCGGAUGAUCUUUGAGGUGAUGCAGAAUAACCACAUAGCAUCAGUGACCCUGUAUGGUGCUCAUCGGACCACAACUCAAGCCCGACCUGAGUCCAGUAGUAGUUCCCACUGAACAAGAAACCGGAACCACAUCCCAUUCUGGCCUGUCCUGAGUCUAGUACCUCUGCUGACUGAACCUCUUACCCAGAGCCAGAUUCAUAACCAAGCAGACCUAACCCAGAGCAACAACGUAAUUCAUACAAAGCUCAGAUGCUACUCAUUGAACAGAAACGCGACCCGGAAUCCAGAAUAACCAAGUCACACCUGGUAUUUAUCAACUUUUCCUGGUGGGUCCUAAGACUUACUCUCCAAAUCAGACACACGCGGUCAGCACAGUCAACCCAACCCAGACUAUCCCAGGAACCAGGAUCUAGUGACAUUGUUGCAGUUUUGGUAGUUUGGUGUAGGAAUAUCCCGGUGGUGCUGCAAACUGACACGCAGAAGAAAUUCUACGCUCAAGUAGAGCUCAGCUGUUUCCAUCCAGUGACUCAAUUUGCCCAGAACCACAUGAGAACAGUUUGUCCAGACAUUAGUUUGGAUGGCAUGGUUCCACCAGUAAGAUGUAAUGGCAGCCUAUAUAGGACAAUAACCUCCAUCACUUUGUGGUGAGAUGAUCAGCAUUUAAUUUUCAUCUGCAACUAAUCUCAAUUUAAACUGCUGUGGCCAAAGUGAAACAAACUCUUGCUUGAACCACUGAAUAAACAUCAACAAACCACACUGCCAGCCCAACACGUCCCCCCUGUCUUCCUGCCACAACUUAAGAACCAGGCCAGACUGGCUCAAUCAAAACCUGGACACAUUUAAAUUGCAAGCACCAAACCAGCCCAGCCCAACCAAGAGCCAUCAGAGCCAAACACAUUGGAAGCUGCAGAAGACGUUUAACCAGAAAAAUAUGAAAAUCCAGAUUUGUCAGACAAGAGAGAAGAACCAAACACACUCAAGGUUUGGAGAGGUGUGGCACAGAACACAUCCACAACGGCCAGCUGACCAGAUGUGAAGCCUCUCAAGGCAGAAUGGUCCAAACAUUGUCACCAUUAUUGUGUCCCUGUUAAACCGUCCUACUCACUAGUCCUCUGACUUUCUUCAGUGGUGCCCUUCAGACACACAGAGACACACUCUCAAGCACACAGCAGUAAACCCGCCACAGCUGUUGUUAUUUGCAGCUAUAGAUGUUGGUAUGUCUGUCUCCUCACUUAAAUACACACACACACACACACACACACACACACACACACACACACACACACACACACACACACACACACACACUUACAUAUACGAGUAUCUGCAUGUUAGGCUGCUGUUUUUUCAAAUUGACAUUUCAACAGACUUUAAAUCAAACACACACACACACACACACACACACACACACACACACAAACAUUCAGUCUCUUCAUUACUAUACUAACAUGUAUUUCUAAUACAUGAAAGCUGGUUUGAGCAUUUUCAAGUGCAAAAAGCAAACAUGGAGACAUGCAGGCAUGACACAAGGAUUUGCAUGAACUUGGCAGAUGCUUUUGAAUGAGAGGAAACUUAUUAUAAGCACAAACUGGCAACCUGUUUUGUUUAUUUGAUCCUGCAUGUUGUGAGAGGGAUAGGCUUGUGUUAUUUCUCUCUCCCCUGCUUCAUUCAUUCACACCACAACCAUUUCAUUGUGUUCUUUUUUUACAUUUGCACUAAUACACAACUUUUUACUUGACUGGUUAAUUGUGCCCUGUCCUCAGAAAUGGAUUUGUGGAGACAUUUGGAGCGAUAGUGGUGUGUGUGUGUUUUUAUCCAUAAGUUUAGUCAGAAGACGGGUCCUCCCAUGGUGCACGGUGUAUGCAGUCAUAUAAUCUGUGUAACACUCUUCUCCCUUCUUACUUAUCUCUACAUCUGAUUGAUGCCUCAAAAUUCAUCCCUCAGCAAUGUCUGCAUUUAUUGUUGAAUUGCCAAAUGCCUCAGCCAAAGACGAUUCAGGAUGAUUUCAUAUGAUCUGCGGACAUUAUAAUUGUAGCCUCUUUUGUCUAAACCUGUCCUAUGGAGAGAGUCGUUUGUUGGCUGUCCCCCUUCCCUUGUGUCUUUUAUGUCAAACCUGCACAUUGAAGUCAUUGCCGCGGUAACGCCUCUAAAUUCAGCUCCUGGUUUCUGUAACUGCUGAAAGUAAUUACACAAGACGUUGAAAGCUGACUUGUGCGUGUGUUUUUAAACCAAUCAGCCUGUCUUUCAUCAGGGUUUGGUAACAGCCAGAGACACAUUAACAAUAGUAGUAGUCUCUUGUACAGUAGUUGUUAUUGUUGUUAGAGAGCUGUCAUUUUAUAGAAUUCCUCUGUGAAUUCGGUACAUUCUAACCCAUUUAGGAAAUGGGGAAGAACAUCAUCAUUCCUUCAUCAUAACAUUUGCUUCCCUCCAAAUGUCUGAAUUUGGGAUCUUUUGCCUCAUAAGCAUUUGAAUAAACUGUGUAUUAAUUGUAAUACACACAUUCUCUUUUAUUGUCCUUUGAUACAAAUUGCAAAUUGUUUUUUUUAUUCUUUAUUAUUGAUGAAUUUAUGAUUGUUUGUAUCAACAUGUGAAGGCAUCAGGGUUGAAGUCAGGGCCUGUAUAUGUGACAAAAUGUUAAGAGCACCUUGGGAAUAUGAGCAUACAAUGCCAUGGCUGCUUAAAGAUGGUUUCCAGAAAUGCAGUAUUUUUAAGUACGGCACAAAGAUAUUUUGUUUGCUGCCAAGUUUGUUAUGAGUUUUAUUGAGCCACUUGAAUUGAGUUUUGAUGUGUUCAAACUGGCUUCAAUCUGGCAUUUCAUUUUGUAUCCAUUAGUAGGGUCUUCUACAUGUUCUUUAACAACCCUGACUGGUCAAAUCAAUUGGUAGGUUGAUCUCAUCCCUCAUUCAAAUAAUUUGCAUCACAGUGUUAGUUAGCUUGUAACCAGCAGCAUCCACAUGAAAUGGCCAACCAACUGUACUUUGACUUCAUUUCUGAUUCAUUAUGAUAUGAAAAUGAAAUUAAGACUUUAACAAUUCAUUAAUAGCAGCCUGUAUUUACAGGGCUAUUUCCUUUGGUUUGUUACCAUACAGAUGACUGUGAGAAGACCUUAUUAAAGAGCAGAGGAAGAAAUUAACUUCUGUGCUUUGUAAAACUAGUUAGUUGGGCUGUUCUGGGAACUGAUUUUUUUUUUUUUUUAUGUAUUCAGGCCCUGAUUCUUCUAGCUGAUGAUGUACAAAUGCUGUAAAUAGUUGAGUUCUAUUAGUCUGGCGUCCUUUUAUUUACAUGAUCUUAAUGGCUUGGCAAUGACACAACUGACUUGGCUGUCAAGUGUCUUAAUAUUUCCUCCUUAUAACUCAGGAGGGAGGCCUCUGCUCUCAACUGACUUAUUGACGAGCACUGGAAGUUUUAAUUUUUUUGUUUGACUCCAAACCACUCAGUAUUGAAACUUUUUCUUGUACAAUACUAGAGCGCAAGUACACAGAAAUGUUGGGUGCCCACAGACCUGCUAAAACUCUGCUUGAACUGCUCCUGCAGUUUAAUUUUGAUCCAUAAUCUUAAAAUAUAAAAGUUCAAUUUAUGCAGGUAGGGAAAACUUCCCAACAUCUGUACUGGAAGACUCUGGUUGAUUUGGAGUCUAGCAUUGGCAUGUUGUUAGAUUUUACCUCUACUUCUUUACGCUAGAAAAUAUAUUUCAAUGGCUGCAGCCAGACUGAUGAGGUGAUGGUUUUUCAGGAAGCAGGAGAGAUUAAUGUUUUACAGUCCUGUUUCUUAAACUAGGAUCCCAAAAGAUAGCUUAUGUUUCAAGAUGAAUCCAACAAAUAAACAAAUUUUCUCAUUGAGCAACCAGGUUUAAGAUAUUUCAGAGCGAUGGCUGUCCAGCGAUGUCUGAAGAACCUGGAAACAUAAAGCUCCCAACUCCUGCUCUGGUUAAUCCACAUGAGUUGAAUAUGGAAACUAAUGUAAUAUAAUUUCCAUGAUGGUUAUAUUCCAACGUUUUACUAAAACUUGCUUUAGUGCAAGUAAAUAUGAGAAAAGCAAGGAAACACAAAACUGCUGAACAUUGUGCCUCAUCUCCCACUGAGCCUGUCUUUGACUUCUUUCUCUAUCUCAUCUGUACAAAGGAAUCUCAUUGUACAUACAGUUUGAGAAUGCAUUUGAACUGCGUCAUUGUACAGUACAUGUGUGCGUGUCACUUAGCAUUAGCAACAACCUAACAUGGUAAUAUGGCCAUCUGUCAUUUUAGUUUUCCUGUUACCUGCAGAGAAUAGCCGACUAGGUUGGGUUUCGCAAGACAAGAACGGGGUUUUCAGGUUGCUUUUCUUUUUCACCAACCUUAAUGUUUUUGGAGGGUACUUUGUUCAGUGUGGUGUGUGCAUGUUAUUAACACCCAACACACAGAACAAUAUGUGUUCGCAACCCCUUAAAAGCUUAUCAUUGUUAGUUAUUGUUAGUUACUGAGGAAUACAGGAUUUUAGAAAUGCCAUUCUUCAUAUUUCCUCCACAAAUAUAAAUUGGUUGUCCCCCAAAAUAUCUCAGUGCUAAUUUGAGCUUUGCUCCUUUGGAAGCAGAUCGUUCAAAGAUGAUAUGAAAAAACAGAAACCGUAGAGGCAGCAGUGAAUGAAUCAAGAUUUUUCUGAGGGAAAACAUAUAUACAUGCUAAAUGAUUUUGGGGAAACUGAGACCAGCACAAUACACAGUGGUUCACUUAAUACAAGAAAAACAAUUCUACAAAUUACCCAGUUUUGGUAAACUCAGGCCAGCGGCAUAGACGGUCAGUGCUGUGAGGUGCAUUGUUACUGAGAGACCGAGGUUAGAGCAAUGGGGUGCUGGGUAGUUUAUCUCACCCAAACUCAGGUGGACAUAUCUUAUCCAUGUUUUUCAAAAGAUUUAAGCUAGAUAAACAAAUGAAAAAUCUGGAGGUCUUUAAAAUAUCAUCAUUUUUUCUAAAGUAUUUCAUUAGAUGCAGGAAUGAAUGAUUGUCAUAACCAGAUCGUUGUAAUUCGGAACGGAUUCAGUUCAGUGUAAUGAUAGUUUCAUAUUAAUGCUUUGUAUUGUAUGUUCUUGGUAUCAUGUAUUCUGUUGCCCAUCUCACAUAUUCUCCUCAGAAUAUUUUUUGUGGAAUCAUUGCAUUUUAAACCCAUUUCUGGAAAUGGGAGAGUUAUUCUUAAUUAAAACUUGUGAAAUUCAUUGGAAUGUGGCAUUUUAUAUUUUGAAUACUAUAACUUUGUGUAUGAAGAAAUAAAUCAAUUUAUUCAGCAUGUCCACUGAAAAAAGGCAAUAACAAUACCAUAUAGUGCAAAGAGAAGGAUUAGGUUGACUGAAAGCUGUGUUUCAGCAAAAUACUUUUGACUGCAUUUUGAUGACGUUUUUAAGAUGCACUAUUGCUGUGUAAUCUCUGAACAACUCCAAUGUGAAAAUUGGAAUAUUAUGAAAUGAAAUUCCCACUAUUCAUUGACGUCAAAGUUCAUUUUCUGUGUGCAACCAGGAUAUGAAAAAAUAAUAAAAAU